AUGAAGCUCCCCACCGAUAAAGACCCGCUCGACCCGAAGACACAGGAGGCCCUCGAUGCCCUGAGGACACCUGUCAACGUCCAAGCCGUCCACCUCCGCCCUCUCCGCCGCACCCCCACCCACGGCGUUCCCGUCUGCGACCUCCAGCUCCGCACCUAUUCCAUCCGCAACCUCCUCCUCUUCGCCGACUUCGCCGUCCGCGCAGCCUACUACAUGGGCUUACUUAUUCAGAUCCAAGAUGGCCACCCCGACGUGGUGAAAGCGUGGCUAGCGUUCCUGCAGAAACACCAGUACUAUGGAGUCGGUAUGAAGGCGAACAUCUGGGAAUAUGAGAGCUUGGAGGCUGCUACCAGGGCGGGAUACGAUAUUGAGGCCGGUGACUACAGCAGGAGGAGGGAGGGGGCGAUGUUGAAGAAGGUCAAUGAGAUUAUGAAUACGAGGGCAUAUAAGGAGGCGAUGCACGGACAUAAGACGCCGAAGGAGAUAGAAUUGAGGCCAUGA